GAGAGAGAGAGAGAGAGAGAACGAGAAAGGUAGCGUGAGAGCGCGAGAAAGAAAGAGAGAGAGAGAUAGAAAAGAGGGGUAAGUAGGUAAAGGGCAAAAGAGCGAGGAGAGGGAGAGGGAGAGGGAGAGAGAGAGAGAGAGAGAGAGCGAGCGAGUAGUCGUUUCGCGGCCGAGUUGAGGUGGUGGAAAGAGAGAGUGGUGAACGCAGCAGCAGCAGCAGCAGCAGUAGCAGCAGCAGCAGCAGCAGCACGUACGUGGAAGAGGUGGCCGAGAGAAAAGAAGAAGAAGAGGAGCAAGAGGAGGACGAGGAGAAGAAGAAGAAGAAGAGGAGGAGAAGGAGUAGAAGGAGGAGGAGGAGGAGGAGGAGGAGGAAGGAGCUUAUCGAAAGGAGUAAGGAGAAGGAAGGAAGGGAAGCACGAUAGCGCGAAGAGAGAGCGGAAAGGAACUUGUUCUUGACGCUGAUAGAGUCGACUGUGCAGGAAGAGGGGGUGGAGGAGGAAGAGGAAGAGGAAGAGGUGGAGGCGGGAGUGAGAGAGAGAGAAAGAGGAGGCGGUGGAAAAGAAAGGGCAGCAGCGGUGGAAGAGGAAGAAGGCGACGUUGGCUGCCGCGUGGCUUCGAAGGACGACGAAAUUAUGAAGCGUAUAAAGUGCGUGCGAUCGGCCAUCAUAGUAGCUGUUGGCCGGUGAAUGUGUGAUCCGGGGGCAGCAGAGAUCCGCCGGAAUGACGAGCGAAGAGACGCCGACCGAGCAGCCCCCGGUAGAUGACUGCCUAAAGGAGCGAAAAUGGUGGUGCUUCUUGCUGUCGAGCAUCUUCACGUUCCUCGCCGGGCUGCUUAUCGUCCUCCUCUGGCGCGCGUUCGCCUUCCUUUGCUGCCGAAAAGAGCCCGAAUUCGCCCCAAAUGACCCGAAGCAGAAGGAGCAUAAGUCGAACCGCCAUGGGAAGGAGUUCGAGGGAACUUUUAUGACUGAGGCCAAAGAUUGGGCCGGCGAGCUGAUUUCCGGACAGACCACCACUGGACGUAUUCUUGUGGUGCUAGUUUUCAUUCUCAGUAUAGCAUCGCUUAUAAUAUACUUCAUCGAUGCCUCCAGCGAGGAGGUGGAACGUUGCCAGAAAUGGAGCAACAAUUUUACUCAGCAGAUAGACUUAGCUUUCAAUAUAUUUUUUAUGGUCUACUUUUUUAUACGCUUUAUCGCCGCCAGUGACAAGCUGUGGUUCAUGCUGGAGAUGUACUCGUUCGUGGAUUACUUUACGAUACCACCGUCCUUCGUAUCGAUAUAUCUCGAUCGGACGUGGAUCGGACUGAGAUUCCUCCGAGCCCUACGAUUGAUGACGGUCCCUGACAUCCUCCAGUACCUCAACAUUCUAAAGACAUCGAGCUCCAUUCGUCUCGCCCAACUCGUAUCCAUCUUCAUCUCCGUCUGGUUGACCGCUGCUGGCAUCAUUCAUUUGCUUGAAAACUCAGGGGAUCCAUUCGAGUUCACAAACCCACAACAGCUUUCGUACUGGACCUGCGUGUAUUUUCUAAUCGUGACGAUGUCCACGGUAGGAUAUGGCGACGUUUACUGCCAGACGAUCCUCGGCCGCACAUUCCUAGUAUUUUUUCUACUCGUCGGUUUGGCAAUUUUUGCUAGUAGCAUACCUGAGAUAAUAGAGCUCGUAGGGAGUAGGUCCAAGUACAGCGGCGAAUACAAGCGGGAACACGGAAAGAGACAUAUUGUCGUGUGUGGUCAUAUCACCUACGAAUCGGUCUCGCACUUUCUCAAGGACUUCUUACACGAGGAUCGCGAGGACGUCGAUGUAGAAGUUGUCUUCUUGCAUAGGAAAGAACCAGAUCUCGAAUUGGAGGGUCUCCUCAAGAGGCAUUACACCACCGUGGAGUUUUUUCAGGGCACGAUGAUGAAUGCCGUGGAUCUGGAACGCGUCAAGGUCCACGAAGCGGACGCGUGCUUGGUUUUGGCGAAUAAAUAUUGCCAGGACCCAGACGCCGAGGACGCGGCCAACAUCAUGCGCGUCAUCUCCAUCAAGAACUAUUCGGAUGACAUUCGUGUCAUUAUACAGCUAAUGCAGUAUCACAACAAGGCCUAUUUACUAAACAUUCCAUCAUGGGAUUGGAAGCAGGGUGACGAUGUAAUUUGCCUGGCCGAAUUGAAGCUAGGAUUUAUCGCGCAAUCCUGCCUCGCGCCAGGCUUCAGCACAAUGAUGGCCAAUCUCUUCGCCAUGCGAUCCUUUAAGACGAAAUGGUCGGUUGAUUGGUACCAGUCACCCAAUAUACAGGCUUGGCAGAAUGACUACCUACGUGGAACUGGAAUGGAGAUGUACACCGAGACACUGAGCCCUACCUUCAUUGGAAUGCCUUUUGCGAGAGCCACUGAGUUGUGCUUCACGAAACUGAAACUACUCCUGCUGGCGAUUGAGAUCAAGGGCGAAGGAGGCGUUGACAGUAAGAUCUCGAUCAAUCCACGUGGUGCCAAGAUCGCUGCAAAUACUCAGGGAUUCUUUAUUGCUCAAUCCGCGGACGAAGUCAAGCGGGCGUGGUUCUAUUGCAAAGCAUGCCACGAUGAUAUUAAAGACGAGACACUGAUCAAGAAAUGCAAGUGCAAAAACUUGGGGCAGCAGCAGCGCUCCUGGGGCCGGGACUUAGAUGUGGGGAUGAUGAUGAUGCAGACUGGCAUGGUGAAGGGAAACACUGCCUACAGCAGUUUCUUAGAUGACGACCACCAUCCUCCCCCCACAUUCACUCCGCCAGAACUGCCCAAGAUGGUUCACGUGAGAGGUGAGAUCAAUCGUGAACGAGAAGAUCCGAACGCAAUGAGGAAUCAUCGAAAUUCUGUUGGAAUGACAAUGAUGAAUUCGACGAAGCAAGUCAACAAAGUGAAACCGAAUGUGAAUCGAGCGACGAAUGACAGUUUGUCGAGUCCCAAUCAGCCUUAUAAUCAGAGAUCGCAAGAAGAAUCCGCAUAUGCUGGCUACCAUCUUGCCUAUGAAGUGAAGAAACUAAUGCCAACGAGUAGAGCCUCGGGUGGCACAAACGUAAACAACAACGGUGGUCUUCAAGUUGGCAUCGCCGACGAUCAGGCAAAGGAUUUUGACUUUGAGAAAACCGAAAUGAAAUACGACUCAACGGGCAUGUUCCACUGGAGUCCAUCCCGUAAUCUCGAAGACUGUAUAUUAGAUCGUAAUCAGGCGGCUAUGACGGUUCUAAAUGGACACGUUGUUGUUUGCCUGUUUGCCGAUCCCGACUCGCCUCUUAUCGGGUUGAGAAACCUUGUUAUGCCAUUACGAGCUUCCAAUUUCCAUUACCACGAGCUUAAACACGUAGUAAUAGUUGGGUCUGUGGACUACAUCCGCCGCGAAUGGAAAAUGUUGCAGAACCUACCAAAAAUAUCGGUGUUGAACGGUUCACCGUUGAGUAGAGCUGAUCUGCGAGCAGUCAACGUGAAUCUAUGCGACAUGUGUUGCAUCCUGUCGGCAAAAGUGCCUAGCAACGAUGACCCCACCCUCGCCGACAAGGAAGCCAUCCUCGCAUCCCUUAAUAUAAAGGCCAUGACGUUCGACGAUACGAUCGGAGUGUUAAGUCAAGCGAAUAAUGAGCAAGGUAAUUUGACCACAGUUGGCAGCCCGAUCGUACUACAGCGACGAGGAUCCGUUUACGGGGCAAACGUGCCAAUGAUCACAGAACUCGUAAACGACAGCAAUGUUCAGUUCCUUGAUCAGGAUGAUGACGAUGACCCAGACACGGAACUCUACCUCACACAACCGUUCGCAUGUGGUACCGCUUUUGCCGUGAGCGUAUUAGAUUCGCUCAUGUCGACGACGUACUUCAAUCAAAACGCGCUAACUUUGAUUCGUUCUCUGAUAACCGGUGGAGCUACGCCCGAAUUGGAAUUAAUUUUGGCAGAAGGUGCCGGUUUAAGAGGGGGUUACAGCACCGCGGACAGUUUAGCCAAUAGAGAUCGAUGUCGAGUUGGUCAAAUCGCAUUGUAUGAUGGGCCAUUGGCUCAGUAUGGCGAAGGAGGCAAGUACGGUGACCUCUUUGUCGCAGCAUUAAAAUCGUAUGGAAUGCUGUGCAUUGGUCUGUACAGGUACAGGUUUCGAGAUACAAGUUCAUCGUGCGAUGCUUCGUCAAAGAGAUACGUCAUUACAAAUCCACCGGAUGACUUCACACUUUUGCCCACAGAUCAGGUUUUCGUGCUGAUGCAGUUCGAUCCAGGACUGGAGUACAGGCCCAGCAGAGGUGCCCGUGGCAAAGACGACGCCUCCUGACUGUUGCUGUGUAGCGCCCUCACCGACGGACCUUACUCCUACAUCUAAUUCACGCGUCGAAGGUCAUCAUGCCGCCCAUCAUUCCUGAACUCAUCCCGUCUUCUUCGUCGUUCGAGAAAGGAGAUGAAAUAUCACGCGUCCAUCAUCGAGCCUACGCGAGCCCCGUCCAUAGAAAAACCAAGCAAGCGAGCAAGCAAGUGAACAAAAAAGAAAAACAAAAAAAGAAAGAAAGAAAUUAUAAAAACGUCCGUUCUUCCCGUUUAAGUCAACGUUAUCAGGAUUAUCAGCCAGCCACGCGAAUCCUACCUUUUUUCUCUAUCUCUUCUUUAUCUCGUUCUUUUUCUCAAUUUAUCUAUUUGUUUAUAUCUAUUUUUUAUAUUUCUCUAUCUCCCUUUCUCUUUCUUUCUCCCUCUCUCUCUCUCUCUUUCUCUCUCUCUCUCUUUCUAUCUGUCUCUCUUUUUCUUUUUUAUUUUGUCACAAUCUUAUAUAUCCCUCACAGAACUUCCACGUUUCCCUUUUCGAUAAUAUUGCAAAUAUUGUGUAAUAAACGCGUGAUCGUGAAAACAAAAAGGUCAAAAGAACGGACGAAAGUUUGUAGUACGAAGGAGAGGAUUGAGUGGAUGGAAAAUGGUGGAAGAAUAACAAGUGGAUAGGAAAAUGAAAAUCAAGAUGAAGAGGAGAAGAAAAUAAAAAAAAAAAAAUUCAAAAUAAAAAGGAGAAUUGGGAAAUGUUGGUAGUGGCAUGGUGAAACAUGGUCCGAGGGUAGCUACACGUGGUGCUCUCAAGAAUCAAUCAAAGUUGUCCUUUCUGCAGCUAUAGGACAAUUAUUAACGCAAGGACUGAUUGGCUUAUCGCGGAGAUAAAAUGUGUGAUCGAGUCACCCCCUCCCCUUGCCCCUUAUACACAUAAGAAAGCUCAAGAGAGGAGCGUAUAUGUAUAAUAAUUUAAGAUGCAGGAAAGCGAACAAACAACAACAACAACAAAAACAACGGGAGAAAAGAGAAGCUACAGAGAAUAGGUGGGAGGAUUGACGUUUCACCGACUCGCGGAGCCUUCCCCGACGUACUGUAAGAUGAUUCCCAGUGAACUCAAAAAAAAAAAAAAAAAAAGAAAAAGAAAAAAAAUUACAAAGAAUAACGCGACGAAGCAACACUUAAAAAAGAAGACGAAGUGAAAGAAGCAGAAGAAGAAGAAGAAGAAGAAGAAAUAGAAGAAGAAGAUGAAAAAAGAAAUAAAGAAAACAAAAAACAUAAGAACAGAUAAAAAAUCAACGCCUCCGUGUAAUUCAUUCGGAAUUAUUUAAUUAUCGUAGGAUUAAAGAGACGAGAAACGAGAAUUGUUUUGUUUGUAAGAAAAAGUAUAAAGAGAUAGAAGAGAAAGAAGAAGACGAAAAAAAAUGAGAAAAGGAAGGAAAAGAUGGUGCGACGAGGAAGAGUCGAAAGCGAUUCGUCGAGACUAAUUAAAAUAGUAAUUAAUUGUCCUACGUUCGCCUCACCUCUUUCUUUUUCUCUCUCGUUUUCUCUCUCUCUUUCUCUCCCUCUCUUUCUUUCUUUCUCUCUCUCUCUCUCUCUUUCUCUUUCUCUUUCUCUCCAUUUUUCCCUCUCGUCCCUGCAAACCUGACUCUUUUCAUACCUCGACGUAAGAAAGAAAAAAAAAAAAAAAGAAAAUGGAAACGCAAAACUUGAAGACGUAAACAAAAGACAAAUAGAAUAAAUAAGCGAAGAGAUAAAAAUAUAAAAACGAUAUUAUUAUUAUAAAAGCAAAAAGACAAAUGAUUUCAAUUGAUAGGAGGUGCAUCGAAGAAGAGGCCAAAUCGAGAAGAGAUAAAGAUAAGAAAAUGAAAGAAAGAUAAAAGAUAGAGAAAAUCGGCGACAAAGGUGAAAAAUGAAAAAGAGAUAUAAAAAAACAAUAAAAAAAAAAAAAAGAAAAAAAAAGAAAUACAAAAAGACAAAAAUAAAUCCAGAGAGAAGUGAGUAUCGAAAGGAUAGAAAGGAGACACAGCUUGAUGAGUGCGUGUAGAGAGAAGAAAAUCGUAGUGUGCCCUGGACUACUACGUACACAUUAAAAAA